ACCCCGUCCCUCCCCUCCCACAGGCGGCUGUGUGGGCGAGUCAUGGCCGCCUCGAAGCCCGUGGAGGCGCCGGGCGGCGGCGGCUCCGGCACGGGUCUGUCCCGCUGGCAGCUUGCUUUGGUGCUGGGGGCGCCCAUCCUGCUGGGCGCCGGCGCUGUCUACCUGUGGGGGCGGCGAGCGGCCCGCCGCGGCGGGAAGGGCGCGAGCGAGCGAAAGACCCCCGAAGGGCGGGCCAGCCCCGGCCCCUAUGGCGGCGGCGCGCAGCCCGAUGGGCCCGGCCACGAGGAGAUGAGCCCUCUUGAUAGAGCCCAAGCAGCCAAGAACAAAGGAAACAAAUAUUUUAAAGCUGGAAGAUAUGAGCAAGCCAUUCAGUGUUAUACUGAGGCUAUCAGCCUGUGCCCUCCUGAGAGAAAUCUUGAUCUUUCUACCUUCUACCAAAAUAGAGCUGCUGCCUAUGAACAGCUGCAAAAAUGGACAGAAGUGGCACAAGAUUGUACAAAGGCUGUGGAACUUAAUCCUAAAUAUGUGAAAGCUCUCUUCAGACGUGCAAAGGCUCAUGAGAAGCUAGACAAUAAGAAGGAAUGCUUAGAAGAUGUCACUGCAGUCUGCAUUUUAGAAGCCUUCCAAAACCAGCAGAGUAUGUUAUUAGCUGAUAAAGUUCUCAAACUCCUUGGAAAAGAAAAGGCCAAAGAGAAAUACAAGAAUCGUGAGCCUCUGAUGCCCUCGCCACAGUUCAUUAAAUCCUAUUUCAGUUCUUUUACGGAUGAUAUCAUCUCCCAGCCUUUGCUUAAGGGUGAGAAAUCAGAUGAGGAUAAGGAUAAAGAGGGAGAGGCUUCUGAAGUAAAAGAAAACUCUGGCUAUUUGAGAGCAAAACAAUAUAUGGAAGAGGAGAACUAUGACAAAAUUAUCAGUGAGUGCACAAAAGAAAUUGAAGCAAAGGGAAAAUACAUGGCAGAAGCUUUGCUUCUGCGAGCUACUUUCUACUUACUUAUUGGCAAUGCAAAUGCUGCCAAACCAGACCUAGAUCAGGUCAUCAGCAUGGAAGAUGCAAAUGUGAAGCUGCGAGCUAAUGCUCUGAUCAAACGAGGAAGUAUGUACAUGCAGCAGCAGCAACCUGCACUGUCCACUCAAGAUUUUAACACGGCUGCUGAUAUCGAUCCUCAAAAUGCAGAUGUUUACCACCAUCGAGGACAACUGAAAAUUCUGCUCGACCAAAUUGAAGAGGCUGUGGAAGACUUUGAUGAAUGUAUCCGAUUGCGACCGGAUUCUGCCUUGGCUCAAGCACAGAAAUGUUUUGCUCUGUAUCGCCAAGCAUAUACAGGGAAUAAUCCUUUGCCUGUGCAAGUAGCUAUGAAAGGCUUUGAAGAUGUCAUCAAAAAGUUUCCAAAGUGUGCUGAAGGCUAUGCUCUUUAUGCUCAGGCACUAACUGAUCAACAGCAGUUUGGCAAGGCUGAUGAAAUGUAUGAUAAAUGCAUUGAUCUUGAGCCAGACAAUGCCACUACGUAUGUUCAUAAAGGUUUACUUCAGCUUCAGUGGAAGCAAGAUUUAGACAAAGGUUUAGAACUCAUAAGCAAGGCCAUUGAAAUUGAUAACAAAUGUGAUUUUGCAUAUGAAACCAUGGGAACGAUUGAAGUGCAAAGAGGUAAUCUAGAUAAAGCCAUUGAAAUGUUCAACAAAGCUAUCAACCUGGCCAAAUCUGAAAUGGAGAUGGCCCACCUCUACUCGCUCUGCGAUGCUGCCUACGCCCAGACAGAAGUUGCAAAGAAGUAUGGAUUGAAACCACCAACACUGUAAAAACAAACACAAAACAAACAAGAGGAGGAAAUGACUUCACUUUAGAAGUUGCCCACUUCAGUCAGCCCUAAAGACGCUGUUGCAAACCAUGUUGAAUGGUGGAACUUAGUUUUUUCCCGUUCGUGGUGUUGUCAUUUGCUACAUCUGUUAAAUGUUUAGGUGUUGUGGGAAUGGUUAUUCAAGGGAGUAUGCACUGUUGCAUCUUGUUUCUUCUGCAACAAAAACCUUAAAGCAUUUUAAGGGGAAAAAAAGUUGCAGAGGAACAAAUGGAAGAUACUUAGGCCAUGCAAAUAAAAACUUUAUAUUGGUUCAUUUUGAGUGAUUACGUUAUGGGUGAUUUUUGCUUUACUAAAUAAUAUUACAGCAUGUUUUUUUUUUUCCCCUGUUGAUUUUAAAGGUAAUACUAGUCAGUGCUGUAAAAUAGGUAUCUCUUUUAUAUUAAUUCUUGAGGGUUGAUUUUAAUUUUGCAAAAAGGAAAAAAAACCAACAA